AUGGAUGUUCCGCCACCGAUCCCGCCACGGCCUCCGGGAUACGAAAUCGGAAGGGGGGGGCCACCGCCUUUGCCGGCGCGGAACCCACCGAGCAGAAAGGCCGUUCCAUCACCUACCUCGCCUCAGCAGCAACAGCAGCAGCAGCAGUCGCCACAGCCGCAGCAACCAAACUCCCAAGCUCCCCCUCCGCAGGCACAGUCACAGCAAUGGCAGCAAGCCCAAUGGGAUCAGUGGCAAGAGUUCCUGAAGUUCCAGCAGUUCCAACAGCAGCAGCAGCAACAACAAUCACAACAACAAGCUUCAGCACCUCGGCCACAAUCACAACAGGGAGGGAACUCGAACGCACCACCUGGCUUCGGACCCCCUCCGACACAACCACCACCUCCCCCCUCCCAGUGGAAAGAUCACUUCUUCUACAGCAACGGGAAUCCAACUCCCGCAUUCAACAACCUCAUGUCCCUCUUCUUCUCCAAGCUAGACACGCAGCGCUCUGGCUAUAUCACGCCGGAGGUCUGGUCCUCCUGGCUCGACAACAUUGGCUUCCCCACCGACGAAAAUCUCUGGAAAAAGUCCCUCAAGGGCAAUUGGAUGUUCAGCGCCCAAGACACCGCCGACGCCGAACUCAAAUGGCUUCUGGAGGCUUUCUACAUUGACCACAAAAGUGUAGUUCGGAAUCCGAAUGCCGCGCAUCAGCUUCCCUGGGGUGGUAUGCCUCUUCUGUCCCUUGCGGGCUUCACCGAUUUCAUGGCCAUGGAGGUGGUUUACGAGCCGGAUACUCUACUGAGGGGACUGAAUAAUGCGUUGAGGCAUUAUGGCGUCGAAGUGGGGAAGGGGCCAAUUCCUAGACAUGUAUUGCCUGAGAAGUGUCCACCUGAGAUGAAGAGGAGACUGGAUGAGGGGAAUGCACGGUUGGCGAGAACUUCGCAGGAGAAGUUGGAUGCGCAGAUUGCCAAGUCGAGGAUGGAAGCCAAGGGAAGGCAGGCAGCGUUGGAUUUGAUAGAUGAUAGGCGGUAUGUUUACAGAUACUUUGACGGGAUCUGA